AUGUCGUCAACCAGUCCACGAAAGUCAAUUGAUAGCUUGGCGUCUGGGAUUUCGUCGCCUUCGGUCUCUUAUUCAACAAGUCAACUGGAAUCUCCGCGCGCGGCCCCUCAGCGGUUCCCCCUGAGGAGGGGAUCAACCGCGAGCUCGAUCGUGAGCAUUGGAGGUGUUUUGGACUCUUCUCACUAUCAUGGCUCAAUUGCAGAGUCUGGGCAAAAUGCCAUUUCGACUCUGCUCCAGCCCCCAAUCAUCCGCACCGGUAUGACGACCGGUAGUAGUACAGCAGCGGCCACCUUCAAGCCCCCUUCGACCCGCGAUAUUCCCCCGGUAACCUUGACAAAUAUCAAGCAUGUGGAUGCAAAGGUCUUCCAGCCAUAUCUGUCACAAGUAGGCACGUUGUACGAUGUGUUUCAACAACCGAAAGAGGGUGCAGAGGAGGGUACUCAAAUGGCGCAGGCUGCUAAAUCUCCGAAGCCAGAUUCUGAUCGCGAUUCCUUGAUGCCAUGGUCCCCCGAUCGGAGGUCUUCAGUCAUGUCGACCGGUUCAAGAUCAUCUUCGCCAUAUGAUACUCGCGGCCGACGCCAGUCUACAGGCCGUGGUCGCGCCCCCGCAGUCACUCCUCUGUCCACCAUUCCUCCGGUUUACUUUGAAGAGGACUUCCAUCUGGAGAAUCCCCGUACCUUCGAUGUGAUAUCAGAAAAAUCAGAUGUGGUUCGGCCACCAAGACCUCCGACCAAAGACGAUAAACACGCCAAUGGAUUGGUUGCGGAGCCAGUACAAACAGGGAGAAAAGCGCUCGCAACGAAUGCUAUUCUGCAGGAGAAGCUCUCGUGGUACAUGGAUACAGUGGAAAUCCACCUUAUUUCGUCUAUUUCAACUGCAUCGAAAUCCUUCUUCACCGCGCUCGGGUCUCUCAGAGAAUUACACGCGGAAGCCGCUGACUCGGUCAACCGGAUACAAGUACUGAGAAGGGACCUGCAGAAAAUUGAUAAGGAAAUGGCUCUGGGCGGUCUUAAGAUUGUUAAUUUGAGACGACGAAGAGAGAAUGUGCGAAUGUUGGCAGCUGCCGUGGCUCAGCUUCGCGAUGUGGUAGAAUCUGUCUCUCGGUGUGAAGAAUUGGUAGAGCAGGGCGAGAUUGAGGAGGCUGCCGAUGGACUCGAGGAAGUCGAAAAAUUGAUGGCCGGUGAAAAGCUCUCUGACCGUGCAGCUGACGAGGACGAGGAGGGUGGCCACAGACGCACCAUCGACCUGCGGGGCAUCAAGGCCCUCGAGGGAGCAUCCGAUGACCUGGCACAGCUCCGCCAACGCAUUGGCAUGGGCUAUGAGACCCGUUUCUUGAAUGAACUUUUGGGAGAUUUACGACAGCAUGUUCAAUCUGUGUCGGCGAACGUGACCCUACAACGCUGGGGAAACUCAUUCCAACGGCAGCGUGGUGGUCAGCGGUCUGGGGUAUCGGCAUCGCCUGCCUAUAUGAAUUUCAGUAACGAGUUGCGAUCUCAAUUGAACACCCAACUCAACGGACUCGCACGUGCUCGUUAUACCAUGUCAGCAGCAACUUCUUUCAAAACUGCUGUUUUACGAGAAAUGAAGGGUCUUAUUCGCAAGCACCUUCCCAGUUCUAGUGAUGAUGAUAAUGAAUCUAUGGUGUCGCUAUCGACACAUGCCGGUCCUCAGCUAAGCCAACAAGAAAAGUCAUCAAUCCUUGCUCGCAACCUACGCGCACUCGAAGCAGAGGAUGCUUAUGCGAUGUUGGUGAGUGUUUACACCGGGAUUAGUGAAUCGCUCAGGCGACUCAGCGUCCAAGUCAAAGUUCUUCUAGAUAUUGCUAGCGGGUUGGGGAAUUCACCAGCCUCUGGUGUAAAGUCACCACCACGGAGUCCCAACCCGCAAAGUAUGGACCAAGCUGUGAAAUCUACACAGAUCGGGCCAACAGCUUCUGAUAUGGCACAGGAUGAAAUCCUACAGGUUUUGGAUAUGUCAAGUUUGCUUGGUCAAGCAGUUGACAUCGCCCAGUCCCAGAUAACAAAGGUCUUGAAGGUACGAUCUGAACAGACCGCACAGCUCUCCAAGGAGGAAUUCCUCAAGUACUUCACUCUCAAUCGCCUCUUCGCCGAUGAAUGUGAGGCCAUUUCGGGACGGAGUGGUACUGCUCUGAAGACAAUAGUUGGAAAUCAAAUCCGCGAUUUCAUUACACGUUUCGGUGAUGGUCAGCGCCAUCAAAUUGUCAAUGUCAUGGAUGCCGAUCGAUGGGAUGCUCGCGAUUUCGGAGAUGCCGAGAACACCAUUCUUAUUAGAAUUCUCGAUGCAAGCACAAAAGACAUCGACGCCUGGGUGGAAGUUUCCAAGAUCUGGGCUCAACCUGCUGAAAAUGAAGAAGGGAAAUCCAUUGACUCUGCCGCUGCCAAUGGGACUGAUAAUUCCAAGGUGCGCAGUGCCAUUAUCGACGAGCAGAAAUACAUUCUGCCUGACUCUGCUGUUGCCAUGAUGCGCAGCAUUGAGGAGUUCGAGUUCCUCAUGUCGAAUAUCCCCAGCAUGAUCCAGGAUAUUGCGCCGCAUCUACUAGAUAUCCUGAAAUUAUUCAACUCGCGGUCAUCGCAAUUGAUUCUUGGGGCCGGCGCUACACGUAGUGCAGGCCUUAAGAAUAUCACAACCAAGCAUCUCGCGCUGUCGUCACAAGCAUUGAGCUUUGUUAUUGCUUUAGUUCCGUACGUACGGGAAUUUGUCCGUCGCCAUGGACAGGCAACCCCAUUGAUGGCGGAGUUUGACAAAGUCAAGCGACUAUGCCAGGAGCAUCAGAGCGGUAUUCACGAGAAGCUGGUGGAAAUCAUGAGCUCGCGCUCUUCGGUCCACGUCAACGGGAUGAAGAAGAUCGACUGGAAUGCCAAGGGAGCAACUCCUGCUGUGAAUCCUUACAUGGAAACCUUGGCCAGGGAGACGGGCACUCUCCAUCGCGUCCUAAGCAAGCAUCUUCCCGACAUGACAGUUAGUAUGAUCAUGGUACCCGUAUUCAACAGCUACCGUGAUCAAUGGACGAAGGCAUUCCAGGAGGCCGAUGUGCGGACGGAGGCUGGAAAGAAGAGAAUGGAAAAUGACAUCGAGCAUUUCCGAACCAAACUGAGCAAAAUCGAAGGUGCCAGCGAGGUUGGCGACAAGCUCCUCGAAGUCGUGCGAGCCAAAACCAUUACCACUACCGAUGAACCGGAGAAGUCCGAGACGAGUGAGAAGCACCAAGAUCAGGACGAUGGGUCUGAUUCCACGAGGUCCUGA